GUGCACAGAAUAUGUCACAAUACGUGUUUCUAAAUUACGAGCAGAAAAUGGCGAGUUUAAAGUUCUACCGAUAAGCACCUGAAUGCAUCAUUAGAGGGAGGAGGCACAUGAACACUCACUGACCACACCACUAUCGAAACACCACCCUGCCAACGAGCCAGUGUUAACAGGCCCAAACAUGUCAGGGAAGAGUUUUCGAGUUAGCGACGGGGACUGGAUUUGUCCUGAUAAAAAGUGUGGAAACGUGAACUUUGCUAGAAGAACCAGUUGUAACAGAUGUGGGCGGGAGAAAACCACAGAGGCAAAGAUGAUGAAAGCUGGAGGAACAGAGAUUGGGAAAACUCUGGCUGAGAAGAGUAGAGGCCUCUUCAGUGCAAAUGAUUGGCAAUGCAAAACAUGCGGCAAUGUCAAUUGGGCUAGGAGGUCAGAGUGCAACAUGUGUAACACACCGAAAUAUGCCAAGCUUGAAGAGAGAACAGGUUAUGGUGGAGGUUUCAAUGAAAGGGAGAAUGUGGAAUACAUUGAACGGGAGGAAUCUGAUGGUGAAUAUGAUGAAUUUGGUAGGAAAAAGAAAAAGUUCCGUGGAAGGAGCAAUAGCACACCUUCCUCAAAAGAAACUGAAAAGAAAGAAGUAGCAAAAGGUGAAGAUGAUGAGGAAGAUGAAGAAGAUGAGGAAGAGGGUGACCUUUCCAAAUACAAAUUGGAUGAUGAUGAUGAUGAUGAUAAUGAUGAUGAAGAAGAAGAAGAUGACGAGGGAGACCUGUCGAAGUACAACCUGGACGCCAGUGAUGAUGAGGACAAGCCAGCUAAGAAAAAGGGCAGCCACUCGGGUUCGUCCCGUUCAUCCUCGCGCUCCUCCAGCUCCAGUUCACGGUCGAGGUCCAGGUCCCGCUCUAGAAGCUCAUCCAGUUCCAGGUCUGGAUCUCGCUCGAGGUCCCAUUCCAGAUCCAGUUCCAAGUCUGGAAAGGGCUCCUCUCCCCGGAAGAGGUCCCGCUCACCCUCCUCCUCACCUGAGAGGGGACAGAAGCGCAGUCGCUCCAGGUCCUCAUCUGGAGAGAGAAAGCGGAGGCGUUCUAGAUCACGUUCGUCCGAAAGGCGCCGCGGCCAGUCCUCUGGAUCCUCCCAUUCUGACUCCAGUUCAAAAAAGAAAUAACUUUAUUACAGCCUUUAAAACAAGAAUAGGAACCUAAGUAGAAAAGUGCAUGUUGUGUUGCAAGGAAAACAACCACAUCAUUUCAAUAUGCUGUCCAUUUUCAUAGAAAAGUCUCAUUUCCCUUUUAAAAAAACAAAAACAAAGGCAACGUCAACAUAACUCCUCUCUGCCGUUACCCAUCAUUACAAGCUCCCUUUUUAAAACCACAUACACCCCAAUCUGUGACAAGUGUCUGUAACUGCAGGUGUCCAAUAAACAUACAUAUUCCCACAAGAAAGUCAAAUAUACUGUGAAGAGGCUUAUGCCAUUUUAAGCCCAUUCUGCUGAAUAUCUUCGUGGCAAUACAUUUUAUUCUACUCAUCUGUAGGGAAAUUGAAGUAAACAUUUUUUUGAUUACUUUUUUUUUUUUGCCCCUAGGAAACAUCUGAGCUUGUUAGUUUAUUUUUUUAAUAAAUAAAUUCUUCAUUUUUAAAAUAAAAGGUGAAGUACUUAAGCACCAAUUUAGAAUAACAGGGAUGUAGUUAUGAAUUUUGUUUUUUCUUGAUAAAUACAUAAUUUGCUUUUUAUUUUCACGGUAAGUAUUUUACUUUUUGAUAUUGCUUGUUUUAACUAAGUUGCCGUAAAUUCAACAUUCUUUGGUUUAGGUGUUUAUUGUUAGUUAUUCUUUACACAAUUGUCACCUGUUUUACCACUCAAAGUUACUCCUCUUCAUUUGUCACUUGGGAAACAAAUGAAAUCAAGAAAAGGCUGAUAUUCGUGAUCCAGAUUAGUACAUCCAGAAUUACAACCAUACAGUAGUAUAUCCCGAGCAUGGUAAAAUGUGGCAGUACAGGCUUUUUAUUGGUGAAACAACUCAAAUGUACACGUGUAAAUAAACUCCUGUCGACAUUG